AUGGGCACGCCUGUUAAUUUUCCUUCGAGCGUAUUUUCGCCGAUAGAUCUUACUUAUGUCGAGGAAAAAUACUCGACUCUCCCGACUCAAGCAUUAUUGAACUUGUGGUUCUCCUUGAAAACUCAUAGAGGCACUUUGCUAAAUUUCAACAAAGCUAAGGUUUGGAUCCCGACUAAUCCUCGGGGAGCUGAAAGGCUUCCGCCGGGCAUAAUCGCAGCCGAGUCCGAUAUGUACAUUAGGAGAAGAUGGGGUCAUCCCAAGGAGGAUGUAGCGAGGAAACCGCGAUAUCUUGUUACAUUUACGGUUGGCUACGAUCAGAAGAACAACAUCGAUGCUGCAGUAAAAAAGUUCUCGGAGAAUUUUACAAUCUUGUUGUUUCACUACGAUGGUCGGACGAGCGAAUGGGACGAAUUCGAGUGGUCGAAACAAGCGAUCCAUGUGAGCGCUCGGAAGCAAACCAAAUGGUGGUACGCUAAGCGAUUUCUACACCCGGACAUUGUGGCGCCGUACGAUUAUAUAUUCAUUUGGGAUGAAGAUUUGGGAGUCGAGAACUUCGAUCCAGAGGAAUACAUAAAGCUGGUAAGAAAGCACGGCUUGGAGAUAUCGCAGCCCGGAUUAUCGCCGUACGGAGGGAUGACAUGGCAGAUGACGAGCAGGCGAGAAGACAGCGAAGUUCACAAGAACACCGAGGAAAGGCCUGGAUGGUGCACGGACCCUCGUCUCCCGCCCUGUGCAGCGUUCGUCGAGAUCAUGGCGCCGGUAUUCUCUCGUAAAGCGUGGCGAUGUGUGUGGCAUAUGAUCCAGAAUGACUUGAUCCAUGGAUGGGGCCUCGACUUUGCUCUUCGAACAUGCGUCGAGCCGGCGCAUGAGAAAAUUGGCGUCGUCGAUUCUCAAUGGAUAGUUCAUCAAACAGUGCCUUCUUUAGGGAAUCAGGGUCAGGCAUCUGAUGGCAGACCUCCAUGGCAGGGGGUAAGGGAGAGGUGUAUCAGUGAAUGGUCAAUGUUUUCAAAGCGCUUGGCCAUGGCGGAGAAAUCAUACUUCCAGGGAAUGGAUAUUCAGCUCCCUAAUUCCACUUCUGCUGCCGGAAAAUCUUGAUGUUUAUUCGUUCACCGCUUUAGUUUCUGCUAAUCUGUUCUAAUUUUUGCCUCCAUUUUUGGAGUUUGUUGAAUUAGGGUUUACUGGAAUCUGGAUUUGGGAAUUUUGUUAGAUGAAGAAGAUGAAGGAGGAGGGUUCUGUGUUUGGGGAUGGGGAUGGGGUGGAUUUAAUAUUUUUCGAAGAUUGGGGACGAAAUUGUAAUAUUCAAGAUAUUCCCCCUGCAGCGCUUUGAAAUAUAAUACUUUUUGGAUCUUCACUUUACCGCUCUUAACAAUUCCCAAUUUUCCGUGAAAUCAAAUUUUCCGUCGCGGAGCUGAAUGUAGUUAUGGCGGCUCACGAAGAUCCCGACGACUGGGAAUUGGUAAACGACGACGGAUUUGUGUACAAGCGCAAGAAGCGGCCGCGUCUCGACCCUACCGCGAUUUUGUCCGCCGUCCAACCGCCGCCGGAUCCCGCCGCGGAGAGGAGGCGCCGUCGUGAACGGAAAAGGAAUGCUCUGGUGAAGCUGAGGGAUAAGUAUGUGGAAGAGAUUAGCCGGUGGGAGAUUUUGUCGAAUACGUUGAAGGAACUGGAGGAAAGCGCUGGAACGAAAUCCAUGGAGCGGCAGGAACUGGUUUGCCCUACGUCCAGCUCGAAACAACAUUCCGACUCAGAUUCGUCCCUCCGGAGAACCGUUGAUGAGCUCCUCGCUCAGAUUGAAGCUCAGGAGGCUGUGAUUAGGAGUAUCACGAAUUUAUGCGAUGUAGCUGAAGCGUUGUGCAGUGCUCAAGAGGAUCGACUGAAGCAGCAGCUGACUGACUUGCCAAUUUUCGAUCCAUCGCCACAAGACCUCAUGGCUGCAUUAGGUGAACAAUAAAUAGCAUUACGAUGAGUGAAGUUUGUGCAUUUUGUUUCCUGUAUCCAAUUGUAGCAAAAAUUUGUUCUUCGAUCAUUUUUAUUUAUUGAGUUAUUUAACUGUUAGAUGUAGGAACUAGGAUCUGACAUAGCCAUUGAUGAUGGAAUAGAUCCACGAGUAAGAAUGUAUAAUAUCUUGACCAGUUUAGCAGUGAUGGGUGGUUUCUUCAUCUUUUUACAUUACGACGGCUAUAUAUUUUUGCAUCUGUUUUGUGUUAA